GAGAUCUAGAACUUGAAAAAGAGAAGCAUCCAUACAAACAGCUGACAGAGGGAUCCCGAAGUCGUUCGUUGAACGUAGAUAUAUAUAGAGUGACACGCGUUACACGGUAUCAUCCAAGAGGCAGGAAACUCCGGAGUAGUGAACCCGAUCCAGACCGUGUGCCAGUGUGCCAGUGCCCCAGUGUGUUCACACUAGUUCACAGUGGAGAGACCGGGAGAGUGAGAGUGAUCAAUGAGCCUCAGCCUUUGAUUGAGAAUGGAUCCAGAUGCCCAUUCCCGCCAUUGGCCCGUUCGCCCUUUCACUUCUUUCACUCAUUGAGCCUUGGAGCCUUUCAGCCAUCGACCGACCCUGAUUGAGUUCAGACAAAUCUACAGGAGGCUGUGAGUUGUGGUAACCCAGUGAGCGGGCAGCUUGGUCCCGUGGUCCCGUGGUCCCGUGGUCCCGUGGUCCCGUGGGUGAUGAUGAUGAUGACGACGACGACGCUGAGGCCACUGGGCUCAGCCGCCCGUCAGUCUGUCCGGUGGAGCCUGCUCUUGCUGGUGGUGAUCUGGGGGGCCUGGGGCGGAGGCCGAGUCACAGUCCAAGCUCGCAAGCAUCAUUUGGCGCUGGCCUCGGACGCCCGCCGGUUCUUCCCCAUUUCCACCUUCGGCUUCUACGCCGGCGGCUUCCUGGCCGUCAAUGUGUCCGGCUUCCACGUGCACCCCACGCUCAUGCCGGCCGACGACCACCACAACGACGACGACGGCAUCCACGACAGGAAGAACCCCCGGGACGACCUCAACCACACCCACGGCCCGCAUUGGGCUGCGGGCGCACCAGCCCCGUCCGUGCCCAUCCUGGGCUUCUCCAUUGACCGCACCACCAACGACGCUCUCAACCCGUACGUGGAGACGUCAGAAUUCCGGUGCAUUCUGGAAGCGGACCCGGGCCGCCACGGGGCCAGUCCCGCGCGUCUCCACCCCGCUCACCGGCCCAGUGCGGGCCACGGUUGGCCCAGUGGCAACGGCUUGGUCCGCUUCCGCCUCAACUUCCAGACCAACCGGACCGAGGUGUCCUGCUCCGAGAACAUCCAGUCGCUCAACAUCUUCCCCAACGUCCAGCCUGUGCAGGCCAUCCUGGCCAAGGCCGCCUUGGGCGGGCAGACCUUUUCCGACUCGGGCAUGUUUCCCUCGCUUUGGCCGGCCCGGAAAUCGGAGGCGCCCGAGUCGGCCCCGCCCCAGAAGCGCUCGUCCUCGGCGCUGACCACCCCCGCGCCGGCCGGUGGUCCCUGUUCGCCCUUGAGCUUGCCCUUGUACCAAAGUGUGGGCCCGGAUGGGCGGGUCUAUUACAACACCAGCUUCGUGAUCUACGUGGCCAAUGAAAAGGAGGAGGGCUUGUACUCGUUGUACUUUCACAAUUGCUACAAUUACGCCCGGGAUGGCCGGCCCAAGUUGCGGGUCGAUUUCGCGGUGGACAUUGAGGAGAAAAACGGCAACAGCUAUUUGUCGGCCGGUCAGAUGCCGUUGCCCGCGCUCUACAUUCUCAUGGCCGUGUUGUUCUUCUUGUCGGGCUGCUUCUGGGUGUUCAUCUUGCGCAAGAACGGGAGUGAGCGCGUGUUCCGCAUUCACUGGAUCAUGGCGGCUUUGGUGUACUUGAAAUCGCUCUCGCUCCUGUUUCACGGCAUCAACUACCAAAAGAUCGAAGAGCACGGCCACAACAUCGAAAGUUGGGCCAUCCUCUUCUACGUAACGCAUCUCCUCAAGGGCGCCCUCUUGUUCUUCACCAUCAUCCUGAUCGGUUCCGGCUGGGUCUUCAUCAAGCACAUCUUCUCGGACAAGGAGAAGCGCAUGUUCAUGAUCGUCCUGCCCCUGCAAGUGUUGGCUAACGUGGCCUACAUCAUUGUGGAGGAGUCCGAGGAGGGCGAGGCCAACCACAACUCGUGGCGCGAGGUGCUCACCCUGGUGGAUCUCCUGUGUUGCGGCGCCAUCCUUUUCCCGGUGGUGUGGUCCAUCCGGCAUUUGCAGGAGUCCUCGCAGACCGACGGCAAGGCCACCGUGUCGUUGGAGAAGCUCAAGCUGUUUCGCCAUUUCUACAUCAUGGUCGUGUGCUAUAUCUACUUCACGCGCAUUAUCGUCUACUUGCUCCAGAUCACGGUGCCCUUCAAGUACGAAUGGCUGGACGAGAUGUUCAAGGAAAUGGCCACCUUCGUCUUUUUUGUCAUGACCGGCUACAAGUUUCGACCGGCCUCGGACAACCCGUACUUCAGUGUGCCCAUGGACGACGAGGAUUAUGACAUGCAGGAGGUGCUCAUCGGCUCCACCGGCCUCAACGAGCGGGUGAGUAAGCGCAAGAAGCGCUUCUUGGUCGACGAUGAAGACGACAGUGACGACGAUGAGGGCAUGGUGUUCUUCCCCACCGACCAAUCCGUCCGGGAGAACAACCGAAGUGGUGCCCAAUUCCUGGCCUCGGCUACUGGUCGAAGACCGGAAAAUAGUCAUGACUUGGAUUAGAUCUCUAGAUCCAGCCACGCCGAAUGGAGCCAUAGGCCUUGGGCGGGUUUCUUCUUCUUCAUUAUUAUUAUAGUUAGUUUUAUUCCAAUUAUGAAAGAUAAAAUGUUUUCGUUUUGAUCUGUCAAAGAUAUUAAUAAGGCAUUGUUCGUUUGUCGUAUUCUUUCAGUUUCUCACUCUCAAGUCAUUAAACUUGGCGUUCCUGUUA